AUGGCUGUUGCUUUACUAAAUUCAAAGUAUUCUUUGAUUUGGUCGGAUUCAACGGUGUUGAAAAAUGUUGAAUUACGACAGCAACUUGAAAAACUCAGUCAGAACGUUCGUGUAUUUGAAGAUGAACAACAAUGUGCACAUUUUAUCCAAUCAAAAUCGAAAUCUGAUCGACUCAUCUUAAUUACCAAUGGGAGAUUAGGAGAGAAUUUCAUUCCGAAAAUCCAUUUUUUGCAACAAAUUCUUUCCAUUUAUGUUUAUUGUCGUCAUCAACAAAUACAUCAACAAUGGGCGAAACGAUUCACUAAAAUAAAAGGAGUUGUCGUCGAUUUUACUGAUCUUCUUCAUCGCAUUCGAAUCGAUCAUGUCGAAUUCGAAUGA